CGUUUGUCGAGAUGUGUGGCGAGGAGAAGUGUACGCAGACAGAUGUACGUUUUACGUCAUGUGACGUGUAACCGGCUUCUAGAUAAGAGAGAAACCCCCGCCGAGGCCGCCGCCAAGACAGCGGCCGACGCCGCAGAAGCAGCACGGAAAACAGCGGCCGACGCCGCAGAAGCAGCACGCAAGACAGCCGCCGACGCCGAAGCAGCAGCACAUAAGACGGAAGGAAGCCGUGGUAAGAGAGAAACUCCCGCCGAGGCCGCCGCCAAGACAGCCGCCACCGCAGCAGAAGCAGCACGCAAGACCGCCGCCGACGCCGCAGAAGCAGCACGCAAGACAGCCGCCGAUGCCGCAGCAGCAGCAAAGAAGACAGCCGCCGACGCCGCCGCAGCAGCAGGCAGGAACGCCUAGCAGCAGCAGCAGAAGCAGCAGAAGAAGCAGAAGCAGCAGUAAAAGCAGCAU